AUGGGGGCCGGUAUCUCAUCUCUCUCCAAAAUCUGCCUCGUCGAACGCCACAAGAAGCAUUAUAUAGACUACACCUUUGUUGGCCUAGGUGUCAAGGACGACGAGGUUGAUGUAGCCGGUAACUGCGGCAACAUGAGCAGUGCGAUUGGGCCAUACGCAUAUAACUCGCGACUCCUACCUGCGAGUAUUUAUGAAAAGGGGGAUGGACCCGUGGCUGUCACUAUACGGAACACAAACACAAUGAAAUCCUUCCAAUCUACAUUUGAUGUUGUCGGCGGACAAGCUGCUGUUCAAGGCAACUGUGCCAUUGAUGGUGUGACUGGCACCGGGGCAAAGAUACAGCUUGAAUUCUGGAAGCCUUUUGGGUCCAAGACCGGAAAGCUGCUGCCCACAUGUAAGACGGUAGACAUCGUCGCGGGUUUCAGAGCUACCUGCUUAGAUGGUGCCAAUCCAGUAAUAUUCGUGCGGGCUGAUGACGUUGGAAUCGACGGAACUAUCCUUCCGAAUGAUCUCAACAGUCUAUCGGAGAAGCUUGAGCUGCUAGAGAAAAUUAGAAGAGCCGGGGCAGUAGCUAUGGGACUGGCAAAGACUGAAGAUGAGGUUCCGCGGACGAUACCCAAGAUUGGCAUUGUUUCUAUGUCUUCAACCCACGAAGUUCUCUCCGGCGCGACCGUCAAGAGUUCCGCGGUGGAUCUGGUUGUCCGCUUCAUAUCUGACGCACAACCCCAUCGGGCUAUACCCCUGACUGCUGCUCUCACCACGGCCAUUGCAGCAAGGGUACCUGGCACCAUUGUCGAGCAGCUGCUAUCACCAGACCUUGUUGAAAAUGGAAUGAUCACGAUUGGGCAUGCAAGUGGAAGAAUCCAGGUCAACGCCACCAUGGCACACCAUAAUCAGUUAGAACCUCAAUCAGCGACUGUUUACCGCACUGCACGACGCCUUUUCGAAGGAACCGUGUUUUGGAAUGACGACGGCAUUGCUGGUGCAAAAGAGGAACGAACGCCACAAGCACAUUCAUUAGGACUUGCAUUCAUCUUAGAGUCCCGCGGCGAGGACUCUUCGGCAUUAUUGGAGAGCUCACCAGCGGAACCUGUGGCCUCCGGGAAUGCCAAGAUCAUAUCUUCAUUACACAGGGCGCUUAGACCGAAACGUAGAGCACACGGCAUCCAGGCUGUCCCGCCAGAAGAUCAGACAUGA